UUAGUUGACAGUAUAACAUUUCAGAUUGAUUGCAAAAGAAUUGGAAUUUCUUUAUUCGAGAUUUUUUAAAUAAUGGAAUUUAUAAAAUUUGUAAUUAUGAUUUUUUUCUUGAUUAUUAAAUUAAAACGAAUAGAUGGACAUGGCUCUCUCAUGGAUCCUGUGAAUAGAAAAAGCGCUUGGAGGAAAGGAUUUCCCACACCGGAAGAAUACACGGACAAUGAAAGCUUUUGCGGUGGUAGAGAUGUUCAGCACAUAAUUAAUGGUGGAAAAUGUGGAAUUUGUGGUGAUGAUUACCGAUUACCAAUUCCGAGACCCAGUGAAAAUACUGGAGAAUACGGACUUGGUGUUAUUGUCCAAAUUUACAAUUCGGGUGAGGUAAUAAAUACAGUGACUAAUCUCACAGCCUCUCACAAAGGAGCCUUUAAAUUCUCCCUCUGCCCUUUGGAGACGCCAAAACAACUCGAAGAAGAAGAUUGCUUUUUGCCACUGAAAUUAGCCGAUGGCUCCGAUCAAUAUGAAAUUGGCGAGAGUCCGGCAGGGAUUUUCGACGUUCAAGUUAAACUUCCCGAUGGACUGACUUGCGAAAAUUGUGUUUUUCGCUGGGAAUACAUAACGGGAAAUACUUGGGGCGAUUGCAAUGGGCUGAGUGAGAAAAAUGACUGCGCCCCUCAAGAAACAUUUCGAGGAUGUUCAGACAUCGCUGUUCUAUAAAAAAAAAAAAUCAUCCUCUUCACAUUCAUACACACAGUAAAAAGAAAAUCUUAAUUUAAGAAUAACAAGCUUAAUUUCAGUAACUGCUUCAAUAUUUUAAAUCCUUAAAAAUUUGUGUUAGUUUAUUUUUAGUUUUUAUUUAGUUUUCAUUUUUAGUUUAUUUUCAGUUGUUAGUGGUCCCUGAAGUUAGUGUCAACGCUAAGCGUCAAAAAAUAUUAUUUCCUGUGACAGAAAAUUUUUUUUCGAAGGUUUUAAGUUUUAAAAUCAACUCUGGAAAAUUUUUUACUCCCUAGGGAAAUAAUAAAUGUCAAAUUAGUGACGUUUUCAUUUUCACUAAUUCGGAUUUAGCAUUGGCUGUGCGCCUUAAAAAUUUUGCAAUUUAAGACCUUGUCGCCUUAAAAUAAGACUUUCUUUUUACUGCACUGCAUUUAGAAGAAAAA